CGGGGUGCUGGGAGCAGAGUGGCUGGUGGUGUAUGUGCGGCCGCCGGAGCUGGACGUGGGGGACAAGGCGGCGAAGAAGGUGUUUGACAAGCUGCGGGACGACUUCUCCCCCCGGGGCCGCACCCGCGUGGUGCGCCUGGACCCGCCCAAGGGCUACUCCGCCGCCGCCCUGGCCGCCCUGGCAGCGGUCACCGCGGGCAGCACCGGCGGCAGCGGCGGCAGCAGCAACCUGCACAACCCCCCCGCCACCUACAACAACAACAACACCUACGGCAACGCCAGCAACACCAGCAACUACACCUCCAAUCACACCGGCAGCAGCAUCAGCAGCACCAGCAGCAGCUGGGUGACUCCCCGGGGGGGUGGCAUGGGGCCGCCUAGUGUGGUCCCCACCCCAGGGGGUGUUGGCACGGUUGCUGGCGGCGGCGGCGGCGGCAGUAGCAGCGGUAUGCGUGUGGCGGGCGGCGGUGGUGGCGGGGUGGUGGUUCAGGGGUUGGACGAGUUCGAGUCGGGUCUGCGGGAGUGCGUGAGGAGCAGCUUCGAGGCGAGGCAGGCGGCGUACAUGGCGGAGGUUCAGCGCCUUGCCAACGAGCGGCGCGACCCCGGCUGGUCCUUCUCCUCGCUGUACCUGGUGAAGGACUCGCUGGCGCUGCUGCUGGAGGGCUGCGGGCUGGCGGCGGACGCGUACAAGGAGUACGUCGAGUUGGAGGCGGCCUACCAGGAGACGCUGGACCGGCAGCGCUCCUCACCCGCCCCCGCACACGCCCCCGCCCCCGGCGGAGGGGCCUCAGGUGGACUGGAGGGGAUGGGCAGCGGUGACUGCGCGGAUGAUGAGUUCGGUGCGGGCGGCGAGGGUGCGGACGUGGCCAGCCUCAUCAGCGCCUCCUGGAGGGUGACGCGGCGCUGCGUGCUGAAGCGAGCAGCCAUACAGGAGUUCAGGUUCCGGCAGUACCUGUUCGCCUCGCAGGCGCGGCUGCUGCUGCGGCUGGGGCGGCCGGUGGAGGUGGCGGAGCGGGGGCUGCGCUUCAUCGCGGCGACGGCGGCGGAGCUGGGGCAGCGGGAGGGCAGGGCGGGGGCGCAGGGGGGCGUGCGGCCGCUGCUGAAGGAGGCGUGGACAUUCUCUGCUUGCAUGGCGGUCAUCGGCGCCGUCACAGCCGCGGUGUUUGGCCGCGACACUCCGCCGGGGGGGCAGCAGGCCGGCACCGCUGCUGCUGUUGCUGCGGCCGGUGCUGCUGCCGGCCCGCCUACCUGCCUGGGUGUCUGGGAGGCCACAGCGGGGGUCGCUGAUCCCGCAGG